AUGUCCUUCCACCCACAGACUCCGCAAAGUCCGUCUCACUCUCCAAAUACGAGCGAUCUCACGACAAGCCAGCCUGGUUCCGUUGCGACUGGCACUACAACAACCUUGCCGACGCCUGCUCACAGCGUCAACGGAGGCUCACUCCUCUCAGAGAUGGCUCAGGAUACCAUCAUGGGAGGAGAUUCCCCUCACAAGCGCAAGAGAGACGUUAGCGACAUCGGCGAUCGUGCACAGAAGAAAGCCCACAUUGAAAAUCGCAUGCUGGGCAUCACCGACUUGCACUUGGAUGUCGGCGAGAAGUACCUUCUUUGCAGAACUCAGCAUCUUCCGCCGCCUCGGCCUCGAGUGUCCGAAGAUCUCUUCGAGAUUUACCACUUGAAGGAGCUUGCUGGCGAAGUUGCCCGUGUGCUUCCCAACGGCGAGAAGAACGCGCUCAGGAAGACGUACAAAGGUCACAUUAAAAGACUCGGCGUGCAAGGCCACUUUGACGAAGUUAAACAGGAUCCCUUCCGCGAAGAUGGCUUACUCGCUCUCAUGAAGAUGCCACAGGAUGUAUGGGAUGUCCACGUAACGCGUGGCAGGAACAUCCAUGAUGGUUUCAGCGCCGAAGUGAAGCAGAAGCUACCUAAGGCCAUGUCCAUGGCAAAGGGCUAUGUACCGCGAGCCGUGUGGGAUUACUCGGUGCUGGGUGAUCUCGCUCCUGGAAAGGGCGACAACCGCGCAUCGUCAGUGCGACAGACUGCUCCCAAUACCCCGUUGCCGGCUUUGGGAACACAGGGCUUUCCUCGUCCUAAAGUCAGCACUCCCUUUCCUCAGAACCAAGUCAAGCGGAACAUGAAGAAGCGAGGCUUUGGCGAAGAAGGAUAUGGCGAAGGAACCGGCGAUGACGAGACCGGAUAUUCGACCGGAGAGGGCGAUAUGGCCUCGGGCCUGAAGCGCAGGAAAAAGGUGCUCAUCAACGGCUACGAUCCUGUCUGA